AGAUAGUAAAACAGGAAGGACAGCGAUGCGAGAUUUUGCUGAACCGAAUGAACCUUUUCAAUUUUUAUCACUGGACUUUGUUUGACACGGACAAAUUAGAAGAGGAAUGGCGUGUGACAAAACGAGAAGUAUCGGUUCAUCGCCAGCACGACGAGGACCUCAGAGCGGACCUUUUGGAGCACGUUCUUGAAACAGCGUAAGUGGUUGUGCUCGAAAGUGCCUUUCAAAAUUGGAAUUCUCGAAUGCUAGUGGUACUUGUGAGACUUGCUCAAGAGUUGCUCACAUCGGACCAUCUUAAUGUCAUCAGCUGCCGAAAGUUGCCUCACUGUUUGUUUUUACCUUGCAAAUUGUUGCUCUGCGAAAUAAACUCACUCGGAGAAUAGCGACUCGGUUGCAACACGAGGAAGAGCGCAAGGGCAGGCGGCGAUUGAGUAUCUCGGAAAACGCCCCGCUGUGAAGAGCAACCAGAGUCUUGUGGGAAGCGUGACAACCGUCUCGAGGUUCGAAGAAACCCGAAAGGAUCUUGUCGAAAAGCUGUCGAAUUCCAUAGACGAAAUCUUAAAGCCUGGAAGAGUAGAGGAGAUCGACUCGACCAGACUUUUCGCCUCGUUGAAACAGAUUGCAUUUGUUUCGUCUUCUCUCCAUACAUGUGCCAUUGGUUCGGGUAUUUUGUUGGCACUGGAAGCGAUCGAUCCUGUUACGGGGUGGAUAGCUUUGUCUUCCUCACUCAUUGGAGGAGGUACAUCUUUCGCGCUGGGCACGGCCAAGAUCCGGCAGCGCUACAACGAUCAGUGGAUCCAACGAGCCCAGCAUCUAGAGAAGGCUCUGGAUGCCAUCACCACUAAGGAAGUGGAUCGCGUCAAUUGGAAGAUUUUGGAUGGGGUGGCUCCCUAUACGCGUUUCGUCAAGACAGAACGGGAGCGAAUCAAUUAUUUGAAAGAGCGAUGCGAACGGAUGACCUCUGCAACAAGAAACCUCCGCAACCGAAUCCAAAGAUUGCGAUGAGCGGGUCGAUGCUAAUAUUAGUAAUGAAAACAGCGUUUCUCAAAAAUUUUACGUUGAAAGAAUAUUUUGGUUGAAUCCACACGGUUACGGCACGCGUAUCUACGAGUUAAUUCAGAGUAAAAUUACAGCUAGAAU